AUGACGGCCUCGCAUACCACUAUCUCCACAACGAGAGAUCGGAAACGUCGCGAACAGAAGCCCCGCGUUCUGUUGUCAUGCACGUCGUGCAGGGAGAAAAAGCUGAGAUGCAGCCGGGAACGCCCCUGCACGAACUGUCGGAAACGAGGCCAGGAUGCAGCCUGUCAAUACAAUACCGAGCGUUCGAACGCCCGGACAUCGGGAAAGCCAGAACCUACCGACGUCCACAAUGAAUUGCAAUUCUUAAAGAAAAGAUUGCUCUUCUUAGAAACGCAAGUCACGCGGGAUUGCAACUCUCCUUCCACGUCUCGGGAUGAUAGGCUCCAUGUUGGCGAAAGUCCCAGCAGAGAUUCUAGCGAAAGUGAGAUAGCUUCGGCCGCAACACAAGUUUCCGCAGGGGGAAGUUCCUUAACUGGUUGCUUCCUCACUGGGGAAAGUGGAACUCGAUUCGUUAAUCCAAGUCACUGGCAGGCAAUCAUGAACGAUGCGAAGCUCAACCGAAAAGAUUACAACGAUAAUGAUGGCCAAGACACUGAUAGAAUCUCCCGGCCGGAAGGCUCAGUCCUGCUACUGGGAAUUUCACAGAUGAUGGACAUGGCAGAGCUUUUAAAUGCACUACCGCCUCGCGAAACUGCAGAUAUGCUCGAUCUAACAAGUUCUGCAGUCAUCAUUCACGCUCCGACGUUCAAAAGCGAAUACCAGAGAUUCUGGGAUAACCCCGCCGGAGCACCGGUCGCUUGGAUCGCAUUAUUGUAUUCAACCCUCUCUUGUGGGAUAUACAUUCAGCAUACGGGAGAUCCGAAAGUGUCCUCGUUAGACUUGCCUAGAGCAUUCUAUGUGUACCGUAAUAAUGGUGCAGUUGCGUUGGCGAAGUCAAAUUUCGCUACUCCGGGCCUUUAUAAAGUUGAAGCAUCCAUCUUAUACCUCGGCAUCGAGUACCUCCAAAGCAACGACUAUAAAACAGGACUCCCAAUGUUGCUCAGCAUUGUGUCGCGACUAGCAAUCAUGAUGGGAUAUCAUCGGGAUCCUCAGCUCUACCAUCUCCAGAUAUCGAGUUUUGAAGCAGAAAUGCGGCGCAGAGCAUGGCUUGUAUUGAUCACAAUCGACUCCAUACUCGCAUGGCAUACAGGUCUACCCCGGGUUAUUAGCCAGAGUUUAGGCGAUGUGAGGCGCCCCAUGAACCUUCUGGAUAGCGAUUUUGGUCCAGAAACUACUGUCCUUCCUCCUUCGCGCCCCGCAGAUGAGGUGGCCAGCAACAUUGUAUACAUGUCGGCAAUGGAGCAAAUGUUGUCUGUCGCCAACGAAGUCGGCGACAUGGCUUCACACCCUUCCCUACUUCCCGAAAGAACUCUUGAAUUAAAUAUGAAACUGGAAAAUACCAAGAGUCGCUUGCCCAGCAUACUUCAGUUGCAGUCUCCAGAGACACGGGCAUCAGAUGACGAGACUGUGAUCAAACAGUACUGUCUGGAAAUAACGUAUCAGCGCGCGCGAUGCAUCUUACAUCGCCAUUACUUGACGGCUCUUUAUCCAGAGCUUCAUAAGGGACUAAGGUCCGUGUGCGUGGAUGCAGCCCAGCAGGUUCUAACUCUCAAUUCUGAACUAUUUCAAGUUCUGACUAAAACACAUAAUCAGCAGCUAGCGUGGUUCGGGGCAUCUCGCUCAAAUUCCGAUUGCUUGACAGCUGCCAUGGUAAUAUCUUUGGAGGUGAUAACACAAUCGAAGAAUGGCAGAACUGUGGGAAUUACGCCCCAGGCUGAUCUCAUUGAGCUAUUGAAGGCCUCCCAAAUAUCCUGGAGGAGCUCACCAAGACCAACAUCGGAGACCCUCAAAGCUGCAGGUAUAAUUGGCACAAUGCUAGAUCUAUUGGGAUAUGGCGGUCCGGGUCCCUUGCUUGCCUCAUAUGGGGCUCAAGAAGGGCAGCAGAAUCAUAGAGAAAGCACAGAGACGUUCUUACGAUCCCCAAGUAUGAUGCAUGACAUACUGACGGGGGAUUCUGCGUUGGAAAUGUUUGACUGGGUAAGGCAUACUGCUCCAUCGCACCUAUUACGCUGA